CUACUUUCGAUUACUAGAAAAGUAAAAAACCCUACUUUUCGAUCGGUACUUGACCAAAUGCUCAAACUUAGGGUUUCGCAGUGGCUCUGAUUGUGUGCAGGUGACUCAAAGAAGGGCAAUGGCGUCAUCUGAUGAUGAGGCUGAUGUCUUGCCACAAUGGGUGUCAAAUUACUAUUUUGAAGACGACGAGGAUGAACCAAUUUCAUUUUCUGUUUUGCCAAUUCAAUGGAGAGAGGGUGACAUUCAAGAUUGCGUCAAAGAACAGAUAUUCCUGCAUGGAGUGACUGACAAUGGGCUUCGAAAAAUAUAUAAGCAUGUGGUUGCAUGGAGGUUUGAUCUUUCCAAUAUGAAUCCUGAGAUAUCGGUGCUCUCUAAGGAAAAUAAUUGGAUCAAGCUUCAGAAGCCAAGAAAAAGCUUUGAGGAUAUAAUUAGGACAAUUAUGGUAACAGUGUGGUGCCUUCAUUUCUUAAAGAAAAAUCCUGAAGCAUCUGGAAAAUCUUUGUGGGAUCACUUGUCUAAAGUCUUCAGCUUGUACGAGGUCAGACCUUCUCAGAAUGAUCUGGUGGACCACAUGCCUCUCAUUAGUGAAGCUGUUAAUAGGGAUGACACCUUAGCAAAGUCCAAGUUUUUAUACGCAUUUCUCAAGGAGAAGCCCGGGAAGAGGAAACUAUCUGAUGAGGAUUGUAAAAAAACAGCAAUGUCUGGAUUUAUAGUUUAUGACUUGGAUGAAGAAGAAGAAGAAGACGAGUCCAAUAAAGUUAAGGGAGUAUAUGAUCAUGUUUGUGCAUUUUGUGACAAUGGUGGCAAUAUUUUAAGUUGUGAGGGAAGGUGCAUCAGGUCAUUUCAUGCAACUAAAGAGGCUGGUGUAGAAUCUAAAUGUGUGUCUUUGGGUUUUGCUUCAAAAAAAGAAGUAGAUGAGUUGCCAGUGUUCAUCUGUAAGAAUUGCAAGUAUAAACAGCAUCAGUGCUUUGCUUGUGGGAAGUUGGGCUCUUCUGAUAAGUUUUUGGGUGCUGAGGUCUUUAUGUGCGUUAGUGCAACAUGUGGCUAUUUUUAUCAUCCACAUUGUGUGGCGAAACUGCUCCAUCAGGAGAAUAAAGUUGCUGCAGAAGAGCUUGAGAAAAAGAUUGCUGCUGGGGGGUCUUUUACAUGCCCAAUCCAUAAGUGCUGUGUUUGUAAACGAGGAGAGAAUAAGAAGGAUCACGAAUUGCAGUUUGCUGUAUGUAGGCGUUGUCCGAAGUCAUACCACAGGAAAUGCUUGCCAAGGAAGAUUUCUUUUGGAGAGGGUAAAGGCAUCAUUACCAGGGCUUGGGAAGAUCUAUUGCCAAACCGUAUUCUAAUAUAUUGCUUAAAACAUGAGAUUGAUAAAGAACUUCGAACUCCAGUUAGAGACCACAUAAAAUUCCCUGGUGUUAUGACUAUAACUGAAAAAAAGAAGGUAACCGUGAAAGAAAAGAAAAAACAAGCAUCAGAGUCCUCUGGAUACAAAGAUAAAGAUUUGUCAAAAAGGGAAAAGCUUGCCUUAGAUGACUCCUGCAGAGAAACUGCUUUGCAAGUAGCUAAACAGAAUCAGAAGUCAUCCUCACUUGUGAAGGUGGGGAAUGCAAAAAAUUCUAAGAAAAUAGUAUCUGUAUCAGAUAUAUCAAGGAAGUGGAAAGUAAAUGAUUCGGCAAGGAAGCUUUCGAAGGAAAAUACAAAUUUGGUCUUGACGGGGGCGGAUAGGUCCUCCGCCACUGACGAGAACAAAUAUUCUCUUGGUGAUAGGCUAUUUGACUUAAUGAUGAGGUCUGGGCAAGUUAAGCCCACAAAGCAGGAUGCACUAGAUGGUAACAUUAAUAAAUCUGUGGCAGUUAAGCCGCACACAAAAAAGCUGAAGAGUGCGCCGUCUUCAUUAGAUGCUGAUACAGAGAGGAGGUUGUUGACAUUGAUGAGAGAUGCUGCAUCAUCAAUAACUUUAGAAGAGAUCAAAGAAAAGCACAAAGUACCCUUUAGUCAUUUGUACUCGUCAAAAAAUAACGUGGAGAAGAACAUUACCAUAGGGAAGUUGGAGGGGUCAGUUGAGGCAAUUCGAACUGCUUUUGUGAAACUAGAGGAAGGCUGCAGUCUUGAGGAUGCAGAAGCUGUCUGCGAACCUGACAUUUUGAGACAGAUAUUCAGGUGGAAGAACAUGCUUCGAGUAUAUCUUGCACCGUUUCUUAAUGGUAAUCGUUACACAUCCUAUGGUCGCCAUUUUACAAAAAUGGAGAAAAUUGAAGAGAUUGUUGAUAAGCUCCAUUGGUAUGUACAAAACAACGACAUGAUAGUGGAUUUCUGUUGUGGUGCUAAUGAUUUUAGCAUCCUAAUGAAGAAAAAGCUAGAAGAGACUGGGAAGAUUUGCUCAUACAAAAACUAUGAUAUCUUUCAACCAAAGAAUGAUUUCAAUUUUGAGAAGCGGGAUUGGAUGACUGUCCAACCAAAAGAGUUACCUGCAGGAUCACGAUUGAUUAUGGGUCUAAAUCCUCCUUUUGGAGUAAGAGCAAGUUUGGCAAACAAGUUUAUUGAUAAGGCUCUUGAGUUUAACCCAAAGCUCCUUAUUCUUAUUGUUCCUCCAGAAACACAAAAGUUAGAUGAAAAGAAAAGACCUUAUGAUCUUAUUUGGGAGGAUAAUCAGUCUUUAUCAGGAAAGUCAUUUUAUCUGCCUGGAUCGGUUGAUGAGAAUGACAGACAAAUGGAUCAGUGGAAUUUGAUCACACCUCCACUGUCCCUUUGGAGUCGUAGCGACUGGACUGCUAAACACAAAAGCAUAGCUGACAAACAUGGCCACAUCUCUGAGCAAAAAGAAGGAUCAGAUAUGGAAAAUAACCCUCUUGAGAAUAGAAUUCAUGAUCACCCAGCGGAUGGUUAUGAUCGUUAUGGUGAUACUUCCGUGCUGAUGGAUGAUCUUUCCAUGCAAAGUGAGUCAGAAAAAUUUUGUGGGGCAAUCGUUGGCAAAUGUCAUGUAGAAAGAUCCCCUAGCAGCAAAGGUUAUAAAGAGAACCUUGAGAAUGAUGACCAUGGGAAGAACCAGCCCGAUAAGACAUCUUCAAGAAAGAGGAAACGUGAUAAUGGAAAGCAUAGAAAAUGCAUAGGUCAGGUAUCAUUAGAGAAAAAAAUAGAUACUGGAAAGCUUCACCAUUCUUUGUCCAGUGUAAUUGAAAGCAGAUUCUUAUCUGAAAGUCAGCACGCCAAAUCUCGUGAGAUGCCUUCGCAUGCUGAGAUAGGCGAGAAUGACGAUCAGCAUUUAGAGCCACGCACAACUGGUUCUAGAAUGCAGUUUGCAAUAGGUUAUGGUGGGAGCCAGGCUAGCAUUCCCAAGGAGAUGGGAAGAAUGAACUACAAGAGUGGAAAUGAGCCCUACUCAAGUGGGACCCAUAGAGGGUUAGUGAACGGUGGUCCUGGCCGCAUGAGAGAUAGCUCAGAUCAUCUUAGUUACAGAUCAUAUGACACAAGGGUGGAAGAGAGAUUAACGAGGGACAGAGAUUUCAGGUUGCAAGGUCACCAUUACGGGUUGCAUGACCCUCAUCCGCCGGGAAAUAACUAUUUUACAGGCCAUGAUGCUCGAUAUGGCGAUGUUAGAUCAACGCAAUGGACAUAUGGGCACCCAGGUCCAGCAACUGACUUUUCUUACCAGAUGAAUACGUCAGCAAUGCAGCGAUAUGCACCUCAAUUGGAUGAAUUGAACCACACAAGACCAAUGAAUACCUUCACGUCAGAGCUCCCUAUGGUGAACGUGACCGACUUUUAUAAUCGUCGAACAUCCCAACCUGGAUAUCAAAACAAUCGAAUGGGUUUUGCCCUUGGUCCUCGCCGUCCCUAUUCAUACCAGAGUUCAGCAGGUUGGCUGAACGAAUAGCUAUGUAGUCAUGUACCUUUUUGGUGAAGUUUUUGAGUCACAAGGCUUUGUAUGUUCAUAGACGAAUUAGGAGUUAGGCUGUGCAGCACUUUAGUUGAAGCUGGUUUUAGUUCGGGAAUCUUUGUUCUUAAAUUUAUCAGCCUCUUAUGAUUCGUAUGCCA